AUGGAGGCCCUGCAGGAAGAUCAGGAGGGUGGAGGUGAUGGUCUCUUGGCGCCUCCGACAGAGUAUCGGCGCAUGCUGUCGUGGCAGUUGUCUCAACUGCAGCCAGCUCCAGUCACGAGCACACGGAGGGCGCAGAAGGAGCGAGAGAGACGGAGAAAACGCUCGAGUAACGCCGAGGGGGACGACAUUCAGUCCAGCGGGGACAUAGCGGGGGAGGAGGAGGAGGAGGACGCAGAAGAACGUGGAGAGGAUGGAGCUCCAGUCACGAGCACACGGAGGGCGCAGAAGGAGCGAGAGAAACGGAGAAAAUGUUCGAGUAAUGCCCAGGGGGACUACAUUCAGUCCAGCGAGGACAUAGUGUGGGAGGAGGAGGAGGAGGACGCAGAAGAACGUGGAGAGGAUGGAGGUUUUACCUAUCUGGUGGUCAACAGCGAUGGAGAAGAGGAAUGCUACUAUUCCGCACCAGAAUCACCACCCGGCACCCGUCUCUGA